AUUUGCACUUUCUUUAAUCCUCCUCCAUUUGUCCCAUUAUCAAUCUCUCCUCUAUAAAAAUCUCUCAUAAAUUUAUAAACUCCAUAACUCCUUCAAAUAUGUCAAUGACACCAAAUACUGAGUUCGAAAACCAAAAUACUAUACUAGAUAUCGAUAUUAUGAUCGAUGAUUCGCCUCCCUCCUCUUCAGAAAAGCGAGAAGACGUCCAUAGCCUUCUCGCUUUAAUUGGACUACGAUUCAUGGUAUCCUCAAUGCUAACGAGGAUCCAUGCAGGGUAUUUUAGAAUAAGCUUAUCUUUAUGCUGGGAAACUUUAUUAUGGAAAACGCUUCUCGACCCAACUAAUAGCGAAACAAAAUUUCUACACCGUAUACCUCAAAUGGUCUAUCGUCCCGUUUUAAUUUUCCUAUGGUCGUUUGCCUUAUUCAUUCUGGUUCUACUUUCUUUGCUCUACUUAUUAAGGUGCAUCUUUCGAUUUAAUUUGGUCAAGGGGGAGUUUUUACACCAUGUUGGUGUCAAUUACCUUUUUGCCCCUUGGAUUUCUUGGCUCAUUUUACUUGAAUCCUUCCCCUUUAUAGCACCAAAACACAUAGGUUACAAAGCCCUUUGGUGGGUCUUUGCUUUACCCGUUGUAAUUUUAGAUAUAAAAAUUUAUGGCCAAUGGUUCACUAAAGGGAAAAGAUUCUUAACAGCCGUGGCUAACCCUACGAGCCAUUUAUCGGUCAUAGGGAACCUAGUUGGGGCUCGAGCCGCGGCUAAAAUGGGCUGGCAAGAGGUAUCAGUUUGCUUAUUUUCUUUAGGUAUGGUUCAUUAUUUAGUCCUUUUUGUUACCUUGUAUCAAAGGUUAUCGGGAAGUGACCGGCUACCGGCUAUGUUGCGGCCCGUUUUCUUCUUGUUCUCGGCGGCUCCCAGUAUGGCUAGCUUGGCUUGGGCUUCAAUUACCGGAAGCUUCGAUACGGCUUCAAAGAUGCUCUUCUUUCUAUCGUUGUUCCUCUUUACGUCACUGAUAUGCAGGCCAACUCUCUUCAAGAAAUCAAUGAGAAAAUUCAAUGUGGCAUGGUGGGCAUAUUCAUAUCCAGUAACACUACUAGCUUUGGCAUCCACAAGAUAUGCAAAAGAAGUCAAAGGAGAAGUGCCACACACCAUAAUGCUCACUCUAUCAUCUCUCUCAGUUUUAGUCAUCAUUGCCCUCUUGCUCUUCACUGCUCUUUACUCUAAAAUCCUCUUACGUGAUGAUGAUCCUUGUCUCAAGCUACCCAAGCAUUCUCGUUUAUGCAUUCAGAAUUUUAAAUAAGUGUGUAUUCGAGCUUAGAAAAAAUGUUUUUUUUUUUUCCGUUCGCUAUCGACUAUGACUGAGUUUAGUGGUCUCCAGCUAGGAGUCUCUAUCUCAUGAGUAAGCUCUAUGUAUUAAUUAGUUAAUUAUAUUAUACUAAUAAUUAAUUAAGAGAUUAGGGCUGGUAGCUAGAAGUCAUUAUCGUUCCUUAAGUAACAUAUAUUAUUGUAUGGAAAUAUCGUCUAUUUGCCAUAACUAGUCUUUAGUUGUCAAGUUAGACUUGUAUUCAAAUAUUGUUUGGGUUCUAUGUAUUACUUAAUUCAUACUGAUUUUAAUAAGUAGAUCUUCUGUUUA